AUGCGCCGGGCGACGCAGACGGCCUUGUACGCGCUGGACCACAUCUGGAUCGCGAAGAUCCCCGUCGUGGCGCACGAGGACUGCCACGAGACCGGCGGCAGGCACACGUGCGACAAGCGGCUCUCGAGGACGGCGCUGGAGAAGUACUUCCCGCCCUACGACAACCUCGAGGGCGAGCCCUACAAGAGCCGCGUCGACUACGCGCAGCUCGAGAGCGAGGAGGACCCGCUCUGGCACCCGGAGAAGCGCGAGGGCAAGCGCGCGAUCUGCAAGCGCGCCGCGCGCUUCGUGGCCUGGCUCGGGCAGCGGCCGGAGACGCGCGUCGCCGUCGCCGCCCACUCGGGCUUCCUCCUCGCCCUCUUCAACGCGGUGCUGGACCUGCCGGACGACGCGCGGGGCUGGUUCGGCACGGGCGAGUGCCGCGCGGUCGCGCUCACCUUCGCGACGUAA